AUGACAACCAACACCGCCGAUGUGGGGUCUGUCGAGGAACGAUUUAAAUUAAUCCGUAGCGUCGGGGAGGAGUGUAUUCAAGAGAAUGAGCUGCGGGCGAUGUUGGAAAAGAAACCCGACAUCCGUUGCUAUGAUGGAUUCGAGCCCUCAGGACGCAUGCACGUUGCGCAGGGCGUGUUCAAAUCAAUUAACGUCAACAAGUGCACUCAGAGCGGCUGCGAGUUUGUCUUCUGGGUUGCAGAUUGGUUUGCACUGAUGAAUGAUAAGGUGGGUGGAGAGCUGCAGCGCAUCCGUAUCGUCGGUGAAUACCUUACGGAGGUGUGGAAGGCUGCCAAUAUGAACAUGGAGCGGGUGCGUUUCUUGUGGAGCAGUGACGAGAUCACGAAUAAUGCGAACACGUAUUGGAAGCUUGUCCUUGAUAUUAGCCGCCGCAACACCAUUGCCCGCAUUAAGAAAUGCUGCACAAUCAUGGGUAAGCAAGAGGGAACGCUGACAGCGGCACAGGUGCUGUACCCACUUAUGCAGUGCGCUGAUAUAUUCUUCCUAAAGGCCGAUAUAUGUCAACUUGGGUUGGACCAACGGAAGGUGAACAUGCUCGCACGUGAGUACUGUGACCUCAUUGGUCGUAAGAACAAACCCGUUAUUCUUUCUCAUCACAUGCUUGCGGGGUUGAAGCAAGGGCAUGCAAAGAUGAGCAAAAGCGAUCCUGACAGCGCCAUAUUCAUGGAAGACAGUGAGGAAGAUGUAGCUCGGAAGAUACGUGCGGCGUACUGUCCACGUGUUGCGCAAAAGAGCACCGAAGUUACGGACGACGGGGCACCCGUUGCUUCGGAAGACAAAAACCCUGUGUUGGAUUACUUUGAGUGCCUCGUUUUCUCAAAGCCUGGUGCCACAGCUGUGGUGGAUGGUGCGGAGUAUAACACCUACGCAGACCUUGAGAAAGCUUUUGUUGACGGCAACAUCUCCGAGGAGGCGUUAAAGGAGGGCCUUAUCGAGCUUUUGAACGGAAUACUUGAGCCUGUGCGCAAACACUUUGUGGAGGAUCCGCAUGCGGCGUCAUUGUUGCAACAGGUGCUCUCUUUUCGGGCCGGCGGUGCGGCACCACCUCUCAGUGCUGUGCCACUUCCAGAGCAGUCAGCGACGCCAUUAGCCGUGGCUUGGCUACCGGCCUGCAUCAAGUUUCCUGUGGAUCUUGCUGUUGCUUUGAGUGACGCGAUAAAACAGUUCUUGAGAGAAAACACAGAUGGUGAAGCUGUUUUGUUGCUUCCUGAGUGGACCGCCAUGGCGUGCAAUAAUGUAGGGGGCGAGGAAAAGUACAUCAGCGCCGCGCUCGAGUUAAAUGCAGCGAUUCUCAAGUCCCACUGGUUGCCAAGCGAGCGCGUGCGAAUAGUGCGGCAGAGUGAAAUGAUAUUAGCGAAUCCUAACGACUACUGGCUCACCGCCAUCAAUGUUGGUCGGAAGAAUAAGCUGCAGCGGGUGGAGGAAGUCUGCGGAGAUCUCAAAAAUGCCGGUGCUGUUGUCGCGGCGCUUAUGUACGUUGCAGAUGCUGCCAUGCUGAAGGCAACACACGCCAUCUGCACUUCACAUGACCGUGGUUGCCACGAGAUCGCAACGGAUUUUUACGAAGGUAAACUGCGAGUUAUUCCCGCUCUUGGGGGUGUUGUCCCACCGCUGAGCAACGCGGAGCCGCCGGUUUCUGAAACCCUCGCCAGCGGCCCAGUCAACAAGGAUGACAUCCUCUUCAUCGACGACACUGAUAUGGACAUGAGGCGUAAGAUCAAGAGGGCGUACUGUGCCCCUAACGAAGACGCCAACCCAGUGCUGUCUAUUGCGACUUGGCUGAUGCGAGAACAGGGAGCCCUCUUGAUAGAACGAACUGAGGCGAAUGGUGGCGAUGUCGCGUACAAAGGAGAGGGGCAGCUGCGUGCUGACGCACUGUCAGGUGCACUUCACCCUGCGGAUCUUAAGCAGGCGGUUUCCAAGAUGCUGUUGGAUAAGUGUGCGGCUGCAAAAGCUGUUCUUUCCACUGCGGAAGGGAAGAAGUAUGCCCAGACUCUAAAGAACGCGGAGAAGUCGCUUUCUAAGAGUAAGUAA